AUGUUGUGCUCAAUAUCUGGAGAAGCCCCACAUCAUCCUGUUGCUUCCUCGAAAUCAGGCAACGUUUUCGAGAAACGACUCAUUGAAUCAUAUAUCUCGGAAAACCAUAAGGAUCCAGUCACUGGAGAAGACCUCGAGAUCGCAGAUCUAAUCGACCUCAAAUCCGCCAAAAUUGUCACUCCGCGACCUCCGACUCUCACGUCGAUUCCUUCCCUCCUUUCCACCUUCCAGAAUGAAUGGGAUGCAUUAGCGCUGGAAAGCUUCACUAUACGACAGCAAUUACAUCAGACGCGACAGGAAUUGUCAACAGCGUUGUAUCAGCAUGAUGCGGCUGUGAGGGUUAUUGCGCGGCUGACGAAGGAGAGAGAUGAGGCUAGAGAUGCGUUGAGCAAGGUUUCAAUUGGAGCUGGAAGUUCAGGAAAUGGCGACGCCAUGCAGGUCGAUACUCAAGGUCUCCCAGAAAACCUGAUGAACCUAGUUGAUACCACACAAGCGGAACUUUCAAAAAGCCGUCGAAAGCGCCCUGUUCCAAAGGGAUGGGCUACCACUGAUGAUAUUGGACAAUUUUCGAUCACUUCUACUUCGGAACCACUAUACCCUGGAUGCAUUUCACUCGCCCAGAACGAAGGUCAAUUAAUUGUUGGUGGAACGAAGGGGGGUGCUGGUGUUUAUUCUUUGGCGGAACAAAAGAUCACAAAGUUAUUUAAAGCUGGAGGUCCCGUUACAGGAGCCGCUUUCUAUGGCAAUACCCCUAUUGUUUCUACUGCAAAGGGGGCUGUAAAGGUGUUUGGAGACGAAGAGCACACAUUUACAUCGCAUGCUGGUGCGGUCAAUGCUCUCGCAUUACACCCAAGCGGCGAAAUUCUAGCUUCUGUUGGUGUCGAUAAGAGCUUCGUAUUCUAUGACUUGGCUGAGAAGACGGCGAUCGCACAGAUCUAUGCAGAUUCAGAACUCAAAACCGCAGCUUUCCAUCCAGAUGGCCAUCUCUUUGCAGCUGGCGGCGCCGAUGGCCAAAUCAAGUUGUUCCAUGUGAAAACGGGAGAAAGUGCUGGUGUAAAUUUCGAGAUAGAUGGGCCCGUGCAGGAUGUCGCCUUUUCCGAGAACGGCAUAUGGUUUGCGGCGGUUGCCAAAGGAUCUACCAGUGUUAUAAUAUUUGACAUCAGAAAGGAAGGAAAGGCUGCGGAAGCAAAGGUCUUGGAGAUUGGGGGACCGGUUGAUGCUAUCCGAUGGGAUUACACUGGUCAAUUUUUGGCAGCUUCUGGACCAAGAGGACUUACCAUCUCCCAAUACACCAAAUCUACGAAAUCCUGGUCGGAUGCUUUGAGCUUAGCUGUUCCGGCAACUGCAGUUCAGUGGGGUGACGAGGCGAAGAGUUUGAUCACUGUCAAUAGUGAUGGGGUUGUAACAGUCCUCGGUGUACCGACUGCAUGA